AUGGAGAGAGAGGUCGUUGCCGCAUUAGGCAAAGGUGAGCCAGAGGAGAUCAUGAGCAGUGCCUUCAACCUAAAGGUGACUCGUGAGGACAUCCACACCCUAAGGAACGGUUGCUGGCUAAACGAUGAGGUCAUUAAUUUCUACAUGGGUCUUGUGAUGGAGAGAAGUAAGAAGGCAGGAUAUCCAUCAGUCCACGCUUUUAGUUCCUUGUUUUAUGAAAAACUAGCUUCUGGGGGCUACAGGACAGUAAGAAGACUGACCCGACGCGUGGAUGUCUUCCAGAAGGACAUCAUCUUCGUGCCCAUUAAUUUGAGCUUGCACUGGGCACUAGCGGUCAUAGAUAUGAGAAAGAAGACCGUCAAAUACUACGACUCCCUGGGGCAAGAAGGAGGGGACAAGAUUUGUGAGACUUUGCUCAAAUACCUGCAAGAGGAGAGCCGUGAAAAAAGACACGUGAAGCUGAAUGUUUCGGAGUGGACUGUUCACAGCAUGGAGCCACAUGAAAUCCCUCAGCAAUCAAACGGAAGCGACUGCGGCGUUUUCACCUGCAAAUACGCAGAUUACAUCUGCAGAGACAGACCGCUGACCUUUACACAGAUCCACAUGCCUUAUUUCCGCGAGAGGAUGGUCUGGGAAAUACUCCAUCAAGAGCUGCUGUGAGGCAUGCGCUACCAGAGUAACACUGUCAUCACCUUUGGGUGACUACCUCUUCUUUUAGUUACUUUUCUACUACCUCAUUUGAAAUAGCAGCAGGCACACAAGUUUUUCUCUUUAGGUUAAGUAGUAGUGGUUAAGAUUGUUAUUUCCCCCCCUGCC